GAGGCCGUCCGCCCGUUGCCGCGGAGACGCGGGCCCGGCCGAGCGGGCGCCUCCAACCGCCCGCGGCCCGGCCCGGCCCGCGGAGCCGAUCGCGGGCUUCCUGCAGGCGGGGGGGCCGGGGCCGCGCCUGCGUGCGGGGCAUCACGGAGCCGCGGAGAAGCCGCAGGCAGCGCGGCGGGAGCCGCCGCCGGGGCACCCCCGCGUCCCGGGGCGAGGGCCCGCGGCAGUUCCCGCCUCCCCUCUGGAGACCCGAGGCGCGGGCGAGGGUCACCGGAGCGGCGUGUGUCGGGCAGGCAGAGCCCUCUCGGGCCUGGAGCUCCUGACUUGCCUUCAGCUGAUCGGUUUGAAUUACUGAGCCGGUAUUCCAGGCUUGCUGACAAAUGGAUGACAGCUGUUCUAAAGAGUUUAAUGGCAGUGGCGAUGAUUUUGGAGCCAAACAUCUCAAAAAGAGAAAUUUGUCCAGUUCUAAUUCAUCAAAAGAGAUCAGGAAAGCUGUUGAACAGUGUCUGUCGUCAUCUUCAAGUACUCUUGAUGUCAGCAGAAAAAAUAUUAAGCAUCUUACUAAGGAAAUAAAUAGACUGCCCAGCAUAAAGUACUUUCAUCUGGAAGGAAAUGUCAUAUCAACAAUUCCUGAAGAUUUAUUUCAAAAGCUGCCACAUCUUGUUUGGCUAGAUCUCCGGUAUAACAAGAUUAAAGCUCUCCCCCCUGGAAUCGGUUACCACAGGCAAUUGAAAACUCUGCUUUUAGAAGGGAAUCCUAUAAAACAGCUACCUGCAGAGCUUGGAGACUUAACUUCGUUGACAGCCUUGAAUCUGAGACACUGUCCCCUUGAAUUUCCACCUAAAGAUAUCAUACAAAAGGGAUUAAAAUCCAUCCUGUGCUUUCUUCAGGAUUCUGGUAAUGGAAAACUACUCUGUAUGGAGCCAGCCGCUUUAGAAAUGCCACCUGUUGAGAAGCUAAACUUAAGUGAACUGUUGCAGUCCAGUUUGGAUUUGUCAGAUGAGUGGCCUAAUGAAGAGGAAAAGCUAAGACUUCAGAAGCUGAAAGAAGAAAUUAUAAAAGAUGAAAAAGAAGAACUUCUUGCUGAUGAACAUGUAGGUGCAACUCAUGAUUUUACUGAAGCAGGGAAAAGCCACAGAAAGCAAGAACACCUCUACUCUGAGUCAGCUACUCUUUGCAGGACAAUUCAAGCAAAGCAACCUGAAAAGUGCAGAUUGGCAGCAGAAAAGGAGCUGAAAGAAGAACAAGCUUUAUUUGAACAAAGGAAAAACAAUAAAGAAAUGCUUCAGGAAUGGCACAGCCGAGCGAAGUUGAUGAAAGAAAAAAAAGAAACGUUUAGAUUUUCACCUACAAGUGCAGCUAUGAUACCAAAACAUGCAUCGUACGCUACUGAUAACAUCAGUUACUACACCAUGAAAGAGGGAGCUGAGAAACAGGACCAUACACCUGAAAUAAUAGAAGAGAGAUUGCAGAAAGCAAAAGAUGAAGCUACAAGAUCCCUCAGAGAUAAGAAACUGGAACAGCACAUCAAACAGCACACACAAAUGAUGAAAGCAAGAGGAGAAAAAUUAAAAGGAACAUCCCAAGUGGAAAUGAAGAAAGCAAAACAAGAUUUUGAGACAGUUGAAGAUCUGCAGACCAAGCUAGCAAAAACAAAAGGGGGACUCCCUCUCCAGGAGUAUUGUCUCACAGCCUUCCUGGGAGAGUUUCCACCUGACUCACCAAGAAUGCAAACUCAAAAGAUCUUUUCCAGUAGCAAAUUCUGAUCGCCUGGAAUUGUUAAAGCGUGAAAUGUUUACGUCACAAGAAUGAGAAUUACAAAAGCCUCCUCUUCUCACUUAGUCUUCCCGACUGCAUUUGACAAUGUUAAACCUAUAAUGAUAAUCAAUCUGCUUUAACUGACUGUAAAAUGUGUUUAUUUUAGAAGAUUUGUGGCACAGUGUUGUAGUGUUUUCUUCAGCCUCUCUGCGCAUUCUUCUUAAGCACGCUUCUAUAGGCUGUGGAAAUCCUAUGAAAAUAAAAAUUCCAAAGUUGUCUCUAA